AUGGACCAACAUCUCCACAUCCUCGCCGACCUCCUCACCGAGACAGUCCUCCUCCCCCGUGAGGCCAUCGUUGACUCUUCCCCCUUCCUCUCUUCGAACCGGUUGGAGUUGUAUGAUCAGGACCCGGUGGUGUGUGUGCAGAUUCUGAGGGAGGAGCGGAGACGGAUUCUGGAGAGACGUCAGGGGGUUGAGAUGGAGCAGAUGAAACAGGAGACUACCCAGGCACUUUUGAAGGUUGAGGAGGCUAAGGUCCAGAACGUUGAGCUUGCUCUCGAAACGCUGGCGAUUGCACCAGAGAGUCUGGCACCACUGUCCCAAUCCCGAACAAAACUCCUUGAUGACCUAGGAAACAUCCUCAGCAAGAUCCGGGGGCUCCUCGAGACAGUCCAUAUCCAGUUCGAAGAAGAAGUGGAGCUCCAACAACAGCAACGCCAACUCGAGCGGGAACAGCAAAUGGAAAUACGGCUGCACCAAUGGGAUCAGGAGCAGGAUGAUCAUGGGAAGGAAGAGAUGGAGAAAAAUGACGUGGGUGGUGAUGAUGGAGUAGGGGUACGGCCAAAGGAUGCAGUGCUAGCGACCAUUGAUAGGCUCCAUGUCCUGCAACAGACUCAGCAACAACAGAAGCAACAGGAAAAAGGAUUGCAGCAACAGGAGACGAGGACAAGGACACCCGUGGCGAUUGAUAUCUUUCAGAUGCAUGGGCUGAUGGAUCUGUAUGAUCGCGAACCCGAAAAGUGCAUUGAGCUGUUGAGAGUCGAACAUGCUCGUUUGGCGGCCAGGAGGGAUGAAUUGGAGUUGGAGUAUGAGCGGCAACGCACCGCCCUCUUGAAGACCAUGCAGCAAUGA